AUGCAAGCAGCACUUACUACUGCAUUUUGGGGUUUCUUCAGAUCCGGUGAAUUAUUUCCUGAUAAAUUUUCUCCACGCUUACAUGUUACAAAAGCUGAUGUUCAAUAUGAUAUAAACUGCAUUAUUAUUCAUUUAAAAUCAUCAAAAACUGAUAUAGAACGGAGAGGAGCGAAUAUUCGUUUGUUUAAAAACGGAUCUAUUAAUUGUGCAGUUCAUGCUUUAAAUUGUUUUACUCUUCUUCGCAACAGCAAUAAUCAUGAUUCUCCUUUCUUUCUUUUACCCAACGGUCAAGCAUUUACUCGUCGUGCUUUUAUCUUCAAUUUAAGACAUUUAUUGCUUCAAUUAGGUUAUGAAGCUUCUGCUUAUAGUAGACAUAGUCUACGGGUAGGAGCAGCUACAUCUGCAGCGGCGGCUGGUAUUCCUGAUCAUUUAAUACAAACUCUAGGUCGUUGGUCUUCGUUGUCUUAUUUACGUUACAUCCGUGUCAGUGAUACUGUUAUUCUUCAAGCUCAUAAUAAAAUAUUGCAGUUUUCUUCUUAG